GCCAAAUAACAAGAGUAACUAUGGCGCUCCUGUCUUUGGAAAAUGGACAUGAAUUCAGUGGGAAAAGGCCCUAAAGAAAGGCACAUAGCGUUUCUGUUAGCUGAUGCACUUCGACAAGAAGAUGCAGAGAAGUUCCUAGAAGUUUACGACACUGUUAUUCCUCAGGAAAUGCCCCUUGAUGAGCUAUCCUGGUGUGGUGUGUGCAGUGUUGAGUUUGGCGGGGGUGUGGGUGCCCAUCUUUACAUGCCACCGUUGUUCUGUCUUCACUACUAGGUAGAUCACAUCAAGGAACGUGCACGAGAGUUGUCCGAACUCCCCGAGGAAAUCUUUCAGCAGGAAUUCAGGCUUGUCAAACAAUCCCUGACCCCGGAGAGUGGUCAGCCCCAAGCUGGUCAAUCUGGGGGCGGUCAGUCGACUGACCUUCCCGAGGAAUAUUACCAACGCAAGCGCCGCCUGCAAAAACGCCCGCCCCAAGGUUGUAGCUCGGUGUCGACGGGAGGUAACAAUACGGAUAACCCAGGGCAGACGGGCCAGACAGGGACUUGUGGCCAAGCCCUGAAACAUGCAAAAGUCGACGUCCUAGAAAAGAUAGCAAAAACAACAUCCGCACUCGCGGCUCUUCAGUCAGCUACCACCGAGUUAACGGUCAUUCAAGAAUCUGGGAUCGUAGCCGACGAUCAAGAAAAGGAAGAACAAGAAUUGUCUGCUACUCCUAAACACCCCGUGUCCACGCGAGCCACACUUCCCUCACUUUCACAGUUGUAUAAAACGGCCGAGAAACUAAAAGCUUCAAGCGAGCAGCUACGAAAAAUGUGGGAAAACAGGGAAAGCGAGAAGCCGCCAUUCGGAUACCCUCCCGACGCUACCAGUAUUACAAAAUCCGCCAUGACUCUCUUGAACAAGGGAGAGACUAAAGAGGGGGAUACGAGUUCACUUGAUGCAAUCUGCAGUACCGGGCUGGAACGCCGGGGGUCCCUGGACAGUGGAAAGGAUGAUGAUAGGCAGUAUGAGUCGAGCGGGAGCAGGAGAAGCAGUGUUUCGCAAGGCGGUCGCAAAAAGAAGAAAAAGAAGAAGAAGGCUAAUAAAAGUGGAAAGCAACAGUCUGUGGGUGCCUUAAAGUCAGCCUCAUCAGAAUGUUCUAUAGACAGUGAUAGUGGGACCAUAAACAGCCAAGAUGGGGCUAGCUCCAACUCAAUCGACAGCGGUAAGAGCAAUGCUUCUAACCCCGAAAAGAAGGAAACAACAGAUCCUAUUGUUAUAGAAAAAACACAAGAGAACCCCGAAAAAUUAACUCUUACCAGUAACGGACUCUCGAAGGACAUGGUGAAGGGAAAUGCCGCGCGGAUCGGGAGCGAGAUAAUGAACGUACAGCAGCAAAAUUCUACCGAAAUUCCUCUGACUCCGGGAACUAUGCAAGAUGGAACAACGAAACCCGUAGGACAGUCGGCUUCAAGUCCUUGGGGAGGGGGAAUGACCUACGCUAGUAAACUAAAAGCAGGGCUAGAGAAGUUUCGCGAGGGGGAGAACCCUAGCUUGAACAAAGACGCCAUGGACGGAGAGGGGAGUGGGAACAUUGUCUUGCCAGAGGGAAGUGAUGUGAUUGUGCCAAACGGAUUACCGGUGGUGGAAAUUUGUCUGAAGGAAGACGAGUCGACGCCUCGCGAGGCGGGGGGCGCGUACGAUAAUGCCAAAAGCCAGGAGGGAGAGGGUUGUCCCCACCCUGCCAAUCUGGAAAAGAACGUUACACAGAGCAAAGGGACUGGAAAGGUCGACCUUGCGGAGGUCAAGGGGCCCUCAGAAGCCUACGCGAGGAAGGUGUGCACGCGUGCCACCCCCUUAGGCGCGGUGUCGUGUUCGGAAACACUCGGGAAGGAGGACUCCUCCCUUCAGGCCAUCCUUCUCAACUUUGAAAACAGUCCGUUUCAGUUUCUCUCGCCGUCGGAAGUGUUUGAUGGACCCAACAACGUUAACGCGGACAGUGCAAUCCAAGGUAGUAAUGAAUCGGAGGACAUGUCGGCUGCGGGGGACGCGGGGAAGGUACACGUGAGGGUGAGCAGGGAUUUCUCCCUCACACCCCCCGAGGUCCCCCAGUACGAGUUUGGACUGGGGAAUACUGUCUUGCCAGGUAGUAUAGGUGUAGUCAUGAUGGACAAUGCUGCUGUAAAAAAUGUAGACAUGACCAAAGGGAACUACGUCACACACAAAGAGGACCCUGGGGUACACACGGAGAGACCCCCCGUUCCCUCUGUACCUGAGGAAAUAACAUACAACUUUCAGGAGGCUGCCAACUACUUGUACAGAGAAUGGGAACAAACCUUUAAGCAGUGUCAAGAAGAUCCAACAAAAGUGCAGUACUACAAGAGCGGGCUUUCAGCGUAGCUACGGUAUAAACCAAGGAAACAACAACAGUCUACGCUUCAAAAUCGCCAUUCAAAUCAAAAAUCAUUACAUACACUUUCCUUCAGAGAAGAGACCCACGGAGUGAGUGUUACAUGGAGACAUUUCUGCGUGACUGUAUGUCACAUUCACAGAGAGCAACACGCUAGCAAGUGUGGUAAACUUGUUAGGCCUCAAUAACAAUGAAUCGGGAAUGCUCUUUUCCAUCAAGG